UAAAUAGAGAAACAGCCCUGAGAGCUUUAACAGAUUUCAUUGCCAGUAGAGCGCGAGACAGGCAGAGAGAGCGAGAGAGCGAGCGCGGAUAGCGAAAGGGAGGCAGAAAAAGCAAAACGAGCAACCCGUGCAGCCCCGCCGCUCCAGUACAGCAAAUACGAAGAUUUUUGGGGGGGAGUGCGAAUCUGGAUUUUGCCCCCUUUUUUCUUUCUUUUAAUUUUCUUUUGCAAAAAUCUAUAAACAUUGUAAAAAAAAAAAAUCCACGACGCUGGAGAGGAAGCGCUUGCCGAUUGAUUUCUGAAGCGCGUUUUUCCCAGAGCGGCUCCCUUGCCUGCCUUGGCUCUGGUGAUUCCCCACCCGUGUUUCCCUACAAAAAGAAUCUUUUGAUUAUUUCUGGAAGACAUGGCUGCUGCCAAGACAGAGAUGCUCCUGUCCCCUUUGCAAGUGUCAGAUCCUCUCUGCAAUUUCCCUCACUCACCUAUGGAUAACUAUCCCAAGCUGGAGGAGAUGAUGCUGCUCAAUCCGGGGGGCACCCAGUUUUUGACGCCCUCUGCACCUGAGACGACUGGCUUCAGCAAUGGGGAGCCCGGAGAGCAGUUUGAACACCUGCCGGGAGACACUUUUCCCGACAUCUCCAUCGGCGGUGACAAGUCCAUGGUGGAUCCCAGCUUCCCCAACCCCACCUGCAGACUGCCGCCCCUCUCCUACACCGGGCGCUUCACCUUGGAGCCCGCCAGCUUCAGCAACAGCCUGUGGACGGAGCCUUUCCUCAAUUUGGUCAGCGGCUUGGUGGGCACAGCGAACCAGCCCACCACAUCUGUCCCAUCCUCCUCCUCACCUUCCUCCACGGCCUCCCAGAGUCCAAGCCUGAGCUGCUCCAUCCAGAGCAACGAGUCCAACCCCAUCUACUCGGCGGCGCCCACCUACUCCAACUCCAGCCCAGAGAUCUUCCCAGACCAGUCACAAAGUUUCCCCAGUCCUUCCAGCAACUCGGUCCAGUAUCCUCCCCCGGCUUACCCCGCCAACAAGUCCUGCCCCACCAACUUCCCGGUGCCCAUGAUUCCCGACUACCUGUUCCCUCAGCAGCCCCCCGACAUCAGCCUGGUCUCCCCUGAGCAGAAGCCCUUCCAGAACUUGGAGAACCGGCCCCCCCAGCCCUCCCUGACCCCUCUGUCCACCAUCAAGGCCUUUGCCACCCAGACCAGCUCCCAGGACCUGAAGAGCCCCUACCCAUCUCAGCUCAUCAAGCCCAGCAAGCUACGGAAGUACCCCAACCGGCCAAGCAAGACCCCACCCAACGAGAGGCCCUACGGCUGCCCGGUGGAGACCUGCGACCGGCGAUUCUCCCGCUCCGACGAACUCACACGGCACAUCCGCAUCCACACGGGCCAGAAGCCCUUCCAGUGCCGCAUCUGCAUGAGGAACUUCAGCCGGAGCGACCACCUGACCACCCACAUCCGCACGCACACGGGGGAGAAGCCCUUCGCCUGCGAGAUAUGUGGGCGCAAGUUUGCCCGCAGCGACGAGAGGAAGCGACACACAAAGAUCCACUUGCGGCAGAAGGAGAAGAAGGCCGAGAAGGCCAUCCCGGUGUCAUCCCCGUCGCCCGUGUCCAGCUACCCCUCGCCAAUCCCCUCCUACAGCUCUCCCGUGCCCUCCUGUUACUCCUCUCCAGUGCACAGUUCAUACCCUUCGCCCUCGGCGGCCACCACGUACUCUUCGGUGACCAGCACCUUCCAGACCCAGGUGGCCACCACCUUCCCCACAUCAGUGGCCACAAACAUUUACAGCUCACCGGUGGCCACACCUCUGGCGGACAUGCAGAGCCACAUCUCUCCCAGGACAAUUGAGAUCUGCUAAGACUGUGCCCGCCGUCAGGUGGAUGGAUCCAAGGGCCGGCCAUUUCCAAACCCCAAACCAAACCCCCCCCCCAUUAACACCCUCUGGAGACAUUGUGAUGGUACCCAGAGGGUGGUGACAGGGACGAGGAGAAGGACAAAAGGGAAGAAGACUCAGGAAGGAAAAGGGACUGAGGGGACUGAGGGGAGAGAAACCCAGGACAGACUCUGGCGUCCCCACGGCUCCUCGUGCCACGCUUCUCCUUUCUCAUUUCUUUGGUACUCUUGAUGUGGACACUUCCUUGCAUAUCUACAUUGUAUUAUUUGAAGUCCAUAGCUCAUGAAUAUUUUCUCUUUUCUGUAGUGACGAUGCUGUGAUGAGUUCUGAAUUUGUUUAUAAAAAAAGAAGAGCACUUAAAUAUUCAAGCAUGUGUAGGAGUCAUGUCCGCUCGUUGGUGCGCCCACCUGCCCGUCUGCCCGCCCGCCUGCCCGCUCGCUCGCUCCUUCCUCUUCUGUUGUAAAUACCACCUGCUGUUACUCCUCCUCGACCACAUGGGACACAAGGGGGCGGGGCCGGCGGGGGUCUCUCAGAUGUCUCGGUGCCUUUCUGAAGCCUCGCUGAUGUUUUCACAAACUCACAUCUGGAAGAACGAUGGAUGAUGCUCUGCUGCAUCUCGCCUUAAGGUGGACGUCAUUGCUGGGAUUUCUUUUGUUUUUCUUUUCUUUUCUUUUCUUUUGUUUUUUAAGCUACCGAAUGUAAAAAUUGGGAUUUCACGGGAUUCCAUAAGGGAAAAAAAAAACAAAAUCAACCAGUUCAGAUGAUCUGAAGGCACAGCUGCGUUUGCUCAGAAUGUCAGCAAAAAUUCACAACGAGGAAAGAAACCUUGCAAAAGUCUAUUUUUGUAACUGAAAUGUACAUAUCGAUAUAUUCAGGAGUUGGAAUGUCGUAGUUACCUACUGAGUAGGCAUGGAAUUUGUAUGUUAAUAACAUGCGGUUCAUUAUUUUGUGGUUACUCUUAUUUUGUAAUUGUGUUUGUUAAAUCAAGUGACUGUUUCUGGCUUCUAAACACAUUGAAUGCGCUUUACUGCCAACGGGAUAUUUGGUGUACAAACAGGAUAUCCUCCGAGAAACCGAAAUGAAAUAAAGAAACGGAAAAAAUCAAAACCUCA